GUGAUUAAAUAGAUCAUUACAAAAUAUGAAUAAACAAAACUAAAGUAAAUUAUGAAACAUGGAUGAAUCAAUAAUAAUAACUGUUAAGGAUAUCUGUUGUACUUGUUUAAGUAUAGAUAGAAAGUUAACACGGCUCUGUAGUAUCGAAGAUGGUAUAAAUAAUUUGUUUUUCUUACUUUCGUGUGAUUCGGAAGCUUAUGAGAUAUUAUGUUACAAAGAAGUGUCAGAUCUUUUUAUGUGCUGGGAGUGUAAAGCAUUGUUGAACAGACUGUGUAACUUCAGAGAGCAGGCAUGUAUUUCACAAAAACAAUUAGAUGAUAUCAUCAAUAGCGCUAAAUUACAGAAGGAUCAGCACUAUUGCCUGUCAAAAUUAAAUAAAAGUCAUCGUAAUUUGUAUGACUAUGAAUAUAUUACAAUGAAUGCUGACGACACAACAAAAGAUGAAGAGCGUGACUCGAUUAAAAGUGAGAGUGAUGCAGAGUUCCUGGUCUUCUCAGACUUAUGUAACGAUACAGAUGAAAUAAAUAUAGAUGAUGAAAAAUAUGUAUUAAUUGAACCUGACGUCAAUAUUGCCAGUAUAUACAAAAGUGCACUAGAAACCACGAACAGAGACAUUGAACACAUUUUAAAUAUAGAUAAAAAAGGAGAUCAAAUCAAAAAGGUUAUAGUGGAAGAGAAUAUAAAUUAUACUAUAAUCAAAAUGACAGAACAGGAGUUGAAAAAGUGUUUGCAAGAAAGGAAGUCGGAGCCGAGUUUUGUUGAAGCGAACUUUAAGUGUGACUCAUGUAUAGAAGUGUAUAAAGAUGAGAUUGAAUGGCAGACGCAUAUGGACAAGGCGCAUGAAAAGCUACCGAAACAUAGGAAAUGCGACAUUUGCAAGGUGUACGUGAAAUGGAAAUGGUUCGACGAGCACAGGAGCGAUCACUACCUGAAGUAUCAAUGUCACUUCUGCGACCAUACAUCGUACAAUGUCCUUGUUAUAUUGAAGCAUUUGAAAAUUGGUCACGCUGUUAAAAGCAUACCUAAAGAGAUACGGAAGUUACGAAAGAGAUCGUAUAUAAAGAACCCAGGGUUGAAGCCCUGGUUAGCGGACGUGUUGCCGGACUCGCUCUCGUCCGUCGGCUACGUGUGCUCGAAGUGCAACGAAUUAUUUGAUACCAAGAAGCAGCGGACGAUACACAUACAGAGAGUCCACAAACAGCCAGACUACAAGUGUUCAACGUGCCGAAAAACAUUCACCGGCUCAUAUAACUUAAUGAAUCAUGAACGCCUACAUAAGGGCACUCUGCCGCGACAGCCUUGCCCGGUAUGCGGUAAGCUGAUCAGAUACGACACGAUGAAGGUCCAUCUUAAGGUUCACGACGAAAGGGAAAGCGUGAAAUGCUUCGAGUGCGACAAAUCAUUUGUGUCACAUUCCUCUUAUCUCCAUCACUUGAAGUUUACGAAAACACACGCUGGGAACGAAGCUUUUAGAAUUCAAUGUCCGAUUUGCAAGAGAGGUUUCCGUACGAAGGCCGAUCGCCAUGAUCACAUCAACUACCGACACAUGGGAAAGAGCAACCACAAAUGUCCGAUUUGUGAUAAGAUAAUGUCUUCAGGCAGGCUGCUUACGCGUCACAUGAAAAAUACACAUUACGGCGAGAAAAAGGAUACUGUGAGGAAGAUUUACUUAUGUCAAACUUGUGGUAAAGUCUGUCGGGAUACAACAGCUUUAAGGGAACACGAGUCCAUACAUACAGGGGAGAAGCCGCUUUCGUGCGACCUCUGCGGGAAGCGAUACAGGAGGAGCGGUGCGCUUUGCACGCAUAAGAGAAUCGCCCACAAGGUUAUAUCGAAAAGAUUAUUGUUGAAGCACUCGGAGUCAAGUGUUGAGGACGUAGAGGAAUAAUAAUAGUAAUGAUGCAAAUACGUGUGUUCACACACACAAGUGCACACACAUUAUCGGAUGGGGCGGCAAUCUGAAAGAACUCAGAUGCAGGACCAGACUUUACGUGCUUUCCGAGACACAGGAGUGUAAACACGCCAAGUUCCCAAGUUCCAGCCUCCGGACUGAGAAUUUUUGAACGAAAAACUCAAUAACUUUUUAUUGACCCGAACUAGGAUUUGAACUCAGGACUUCCGCGUCUGCAGCCUUACAUGUAACCACUUGACCAACGAGGCAGUAAAAGUAUAAAUAGAUUUGUAUUGAAUUAUCUGAAAUUGUUAUAACGUGCAAGAAGAAGGGGCAGCAGUGGGAAGGGGGUUGCAAAUUGUGACGUCAUCAUUGAAAAUAUAUAAUUCUGUCUGUAAUUAAAAAUAUGGUUCUGAGUCCUAAGAAUGUGUGCUUUGGCAAAAAGAAGAUGGUGGUAUCUAAGACAAGGGGUUUGAAUAACGUAAUUUAUCGGAGGGGAGUCCUACUUUUACAGAUAAAUUAUUUUCUUUAAGAAAUGGAAGACGCGGAAACGUAAUAAAGUCUUAGUUCAAAAAAAUAAUAUGUUUUUUUAUU